AUGGUUCCUUCCCCUGGACUUAGCCAUUUAAUUCCACAAGUUGAAUUUGCCAAACAAUUACUUCAACAACACAAUGAAUUCAUUGUCACAUUCAUCAUUCCAACACUUUGUCCUCUUACUCCUUCAAUGCAACAAGUCUUGAACACUCUUCCCCCAAACAUAGAAUUCAUUGUUCUUCCUCAAGUAAAACACCUUCCAGAGAUUAAUCUUGAACCUGCAACACAAAUGAAACUCAUUGUGAAACAUUCUAUUCCAUUUCUACAAGAAGAAGUAAAAUCACUCAUUUCCAAAACUAACCUUGUUUCUUUAAUCUUUGGUCUAUUCUCAACCGAUGCACAUGAAGUUGCUAAACAAUUCAAUUUAUCUUCUUACCUUUUCUAUGCCUCGGGUGCUCUUUCAUUGUCAUUCUUUCUCACUCUUCCGAAUCUCGACGACUCUGUUUCCUCUGAAGCAGAAUUCUUAGAAUCAGCUUAUGAAACUGUGAAUAUUCCAGGUUGUGUCAUCCCAUUUCAUAUCAAAGAUAUUCCAGAAAUAAUUCUAUGUGAAAGAUCAAAUGUAAAUUACAAAAUAUUUCUUGAAGUUUGUCAAAAACUCACAUUAGUUGAUGGUUUUAUAAUCAGCACUUUCACUGAUUUGGAGCCAGAUGUUAUAAGGGUUCUUCAAGAAAAAGAGAAACCUUGUGUUUAUCCAGUGGGACCCAUUAUUAGAAAUGAGUCUAAUUGUGAAGAUAACAUUAAUUCAAUGUUGGUAAAAAAUGUUAACUCUGCUUAUUUUGUUGGAGCAAAAGAUGAUCCAUUAGAGUAUUUACCAAAUGGUUUCUUGGAAAGAAACAAAGAAAAUGGAUUGGUUGUUCCAUCAUGGGCACCACAAGUUGAGAUUCUUGGUCAUGGAUCAAUUGGUGGGUUUUUGAGUCAUUGUGGUUGGGGUUCAACUUUGGAGACUGUGGUUAAUGGGGUGCCUGUGAUUGCAUGGCCUCUAUUUGCAGAACAAAGGAUGAAUGCGAGAUUAUUGACAGAUGUGCUCAAAGUGGCUGUGAGGCCAAAGGUUGAUGAUGAAAGUGGGAUAGUGAAAAGAGAGGAAGUUGCUAAAUGUGUAAAGAGAAUCAUGGAAGGUGAUGAAAGCUUGGAGAUACAAAAGAGAAUUAAAGAAUUGAGUGAUGGUGCUGCUGUUGCAACAAGUGAACAUGGUUCAUCUAGGAAAGCACUCUCUUCUUUAGCAUUGAAAUUACAUAACUUUUGAACGGCAUGUGUAUACAUUUUUGUCUUGUACAUGUUUACAGUAAGCUUUCUACUAGUAAGGAUCAAUGAUUUAUACAAAUAAGCUAUUUUCAUCACUGUGAUGAUGAUUAACCAAUCGUGCUCCAUUUUGUAAAGCAGGCUGAUUUUACCACUAUUUAUUUCCAUUUUUUUACAACUAUGUCAAGCACUUCCAGUCAGUAUGUGCUUAACAGAAUAUUGGUGAAAUUUUUGCAA